AUGAACCAACGGGUUAUUCGAGAAUACCAGCCAAGUGAUGCCGGUGGAAUUCGCGAAUUAUAUGCAGAAAGAGCGCAUCAGCUACGUCGGAAACAAGUGCUACAGUCGGUCAUAACGGAGACUGCGCCUAGACGGUUUUGGCAAGCAGGCACAGUCGGCAUCCUUGGGUUGCAUAUGUCUCAGACAUUGCGUGAACAAUCUUCUGUCAUGACUCUGCUCGUAGAAUUAGCUUUAUGGAGCGCCGGUCUUGGGUUUGCGUGGUACCUUUGGCUAAACAGCAAAUACCAGCGAUCAAUAACGGCGAGAUCUUAUUCUGUCGUUAACGAUUUCAGUAACCAAAGGUUGAAAUCAAAGAGUAAUGCCUGGGUGAUGGUGGAAGGAAAUAAGGUAAUAGGAGCAGUCAUGCUUAGCUUCGAGGGCGGCGAAGGGCGAAUCCGAAGUUUGACAGGUGGCAAGUCGCAAAUUGAGCUGCCGUUAGUCCAAACUGCGAUCCUAUUUGCCCGACAAAACAAGAUACAAAUCGCUUGUCUAUCACGAUUAACCUACCUAGACUUAUCACAUAAUCAACUCGAGACUCUGCCGCCAACCAUUAAGCAGCUAAAACGGCUUCGUCACCUCGAUUUAUCCCACAACCGUAUCCGCCACAUACCCGAAAGCUUACAGGCGUUAACCAAAUUGACAGAUCUCAAUCUUUCCAAUAACCCAAUCGACUACGUACCUAGUAGCAUUGCUCGAUUAAUUGGUCUGAUCACGUUGGAUCUAUCGUACACCAAAAUAGAAGGUGUUCCGGCUGAAUUAAUGCAACUUUCCUUGCCGACAUUACGGACUCAGCAUUGCGACAAUAUGGAACGAAAAAUCCAAGGAUUUCGUUAUUCUGUUCGCCAUAAUCCACCAAGCUUGCUGGAAACCUGUGCUCGACGUUUGAUAGCACCUUUAUUACUAGAUGCCGCGCGGCGGAAGAAAAGAAAACGAAAUGAAGUAUUAGCAGGUUCUCUCAAGAAACUCACCGACGACUUACCAACACAUCUUUUCGUACGAAUAUCAGCAUUCAGCCAAUGCUCGUUUUGCGGAGGCCCAUACUUUGAAUUACCUAUACUGAGGUAUCGAAUUAUGCGGAGACAAGAUGAUAGUUGGGUGCUCAUCGAAUACAGAUUGUGUUCCGCCCAUUGGGCGGAUGAAAAAGGGCGUCUCCUUGCAUUAUUUGCAGAACAGCCAGUCGGUUCGCUCACAGCAAAGCAGUUACCGGUAGAACUUUUUCAAGGCUUUACUGGAGACGAGUUCAACCUGUAACGCAUGAUCCAUGACAGGAUCAAAUAUCUAGCGUUAUACUCUCAUGAUGUGUUGGGCGGUCAGUUCAAGGGUGCCGCCGAUUGGAGGACUUCACGCUGAUCGAAUAUACAAGUUCUUUAUUCUUGCCAUUGUAUCAGCUAAUCGCGUAUUAUUCGUUCCCUGUUGUUCUAUUGUAUAGCAUAUACGGCUGCUUUUGAGUCGUUAUUUGUUUUUGGAGAAUAAAAAACAGCUGCAAUGGAAAUUGGUCGUUGUUUGGAUAACAACUGGCGGAUGCAAAGCGUCCCGGCAUCG